AGGACGCCUGCGAAGAGGAGGAGGAGGAAGAGGAGAAGGAGGAGGAAGAGGAGGAGGAGGAGGGGGGGGGCGAAAGGUGCCGCGCGCCGGAGACUCCAGCCAGAGCCGCUGCGGAGGGGAGGCGGCGAAGAGGGGCUCUCCGCCCGUCCGCCCGCCGUUGGCAGAGCCGCCCGCCGCGGCAAAGGCUUCGACGACGCGCUCCGGAGAGAGCCGGGAUCCCGAGCGGCGGAGCGGCGCUGCGCUUUGGCGGCGGAGGAGGCGGCGGCGGCGGCGGCUUGCAGCAGCUGCUUGCGCGGCUGGCUGGGGCUGGCUGGCUGGCUGGCGGAGCUCGGCCAGCAGCUUCCGGCCAUGUCGUAUCCUCAGGGUUACUUGUACCAACCGUCCGCCUCUUUGGCCCUCUACUCCUGCCCUGCCUACAGCACCAGCGUGAUCUCCGGUCCGCGGACCGAUGAACUGGGAAGGUCGUCGUCCGGCUCGGCUUUUUCCCCCUACGCCGGCUCCACCGCCUUCAGUGCUCCUUCGCCCGGCUACAACUCGCACCUCCAGUACGGCACAGAUCCGGCGGCCGCGGCUGCCUUCUCUUCCUACGUGGGCUCGCCCUACGACCAUACGCCCGGCAUGGCGGGUUCCUUGGGGUACCAUCCUUACGCCGCCCCGCUGGGCUCCUACCCUUACGGGGACCCGGCUUACCGCAAGAACGCCACGCGGGACGCCACGGCCACGCUGAAGGCCUGGCUGAACGAGCACCGCAAGAACCCCUACCCGACCAAGGGCGAGAAGAUCAUGCUGGCCAUCAUCACCAAGAUGACCCUCACCCAGGUCUCCACCUGGUUCGCCAACGCCCGGCGCCGCCUCAAGAAGGAGAACAAGAUGACUUGGACGCCCCGGAACCGAAGCGAGGACGAGGAGGAAGAGGAGAACAUCGACUUGGAGAAGAACGACGACGAAGAACCGGCCAAACUCGAGGAGAAGGGCGACUCAGAGGCGGGUCAGCUUGGCCCCGCAGACCCCAAAGGCGUCGGAGGGGGCAAAGAAACGGACGGCGCCUCCAGCGACUCGGAUUGUAAGGAAAGCCCCGAGCAGACGGGGCUUGGGAAAGAAGCCGCCGGCGCCGGCGCCUCGCCGCCUUUGGCGCACUGCGGCUCCGCCGGCCGCCUGCUCCUCCAAGCUCCCCAUCACCUCCACCACCACCCCCAUCACCACCACCAGCACCACCAGCAACAGCAGCAGCAGCCUCAGCUCUUGCACCCCGAGGAGCCCCCCCCGGCGGCCCCUCCCUCCCAGUACCGACCCCCUUCGACGGACCUGCACCCUGGCCUGCCUUCCAGCCACGGCACCACGUCGGUCAUCCACACACCCCAAGCGCCUCCGCAGGCGGCCGGCUCGGGGCCCCUUUCCAAGCCCAAGCUGUGGUCCCUGGCGGAGAUCGCCACCUCCGCGGACAAAGCCAAGGAAGCCGGGAGCAGCGGCGAGACGCCCCCGCAAACGCCUUCGGGUUUAGGCGCGCCCGCCCCGACGGCCCGCUCGCCUUCCGCCGCCCCUUGCCCCUUCCCCAACGGCGCCGCCUCGGUGCUCCCGCGACCCCUUUACUACGCCACCAGCCCCUUUUACCCCGGCUACACGAACUACGCCUCCUUCGGACACCUGCACGGCAACGCGGCGGCCCAGGCGGGCGCCCCCGGCCCCCACUUUAACGGAUUAAACCAGACCCUUUUGAACAGAGCGGAAAGCUUGGCCAAGGACGCGAAGGUGCUCCGAAGUCAGAGCCAGUACGACUUUUGCAAAGAGCCGCCUUACGAACUCAAGAAAGUGCUGUUGCAACUUCGGCCGCUGCACAAGUGGACGUAAGUCGCAAGGGCUAUCUAUAUUGCGCAAUGAUUGUGAGUGCGAUGACCCGGGGCAUGACAAAAAAAUAACCAAGUCACAAAAAUCGAAGAAAGUUCCUUUAAUGCCUCCAACUUGGUCCUAAU